AUGUCGGAAGGAGACGUGGAUUCGAGCUGCAGUUGUGACGAUUCAUCGAGUCGAGUUGAGUUCGAGUCGAGUAUGGUCAGCAAAACUCGAGUCGAGUCCGAGUCGACUAUGUUCAGCAAAACUAAGCCUUCGCCGUUGUCGUGCACAUUGCAAAAGUCGUCUAGUCCUGUGAUGCACAAUUUCCUCAACUACGAUCCGCCAAGCCACACUUCAGAUGACACGUACUAUUCGUCCUUCACAUAUUUUGUUAGUCGUUCUGCUGGGCUCGGGUUCUUGUGCCUACCAUACGCGUUUAAGCAGGUGGGCGUGAUCACCGGCUUGGCGUUGUGCUUUAUCGCCGGAUUGAUGUUUACUCACUCCUUCACUACUUUGUGCCGUUUUAGAUAUAAACUAUGUCUAAUACACAGAGUGCCGACAGUGCCGUAUCAGAACUUGAUCGAGUACGGUUUGGCAUGCGGUCCGAUCUGCAGACGGUUUUCAACGUUUUUAAGGUAA